GAAGGUGGAGAGUCUGUGAAGGUGAUUCAGGGGGAGAGAGAGAGACAGAGAGAGAGAGAGGGAGAGAGAGAGAGAGAGAGAGAGGGGGGGGCACUUUAAUACACGGGUCUCCUCCUCAUCUCUACACCUCAGCUGACAAGUCCAGCAAACCCACAACUUCACCACUGACGCGCAAGUAAACUCGUAAAAGGGAAACAAACAAGUGGAAGAAACUCGUCCAGAGUUUCCAGAACUGGACCGUGGCUUCAGCAUCGAGACUGUGAUGGACCGGAGGAUGAGCUUGAACAGCGGCGCGGGGGACAUUUUUCACAAAACUCUGAGCGCGGUGUCCAACAAAAAAAUGGACCCGUUCAGGGCAUCGGCCGGCAUCGAACUCCCGACCAGGGACCGCCAGUCGCCUUUAGGCUGCUAUGACCAGACCGACGGUGACCCGAUCCAGCCUGGGGGGCUGGCAGGAGUCAGAGGGGGACCACUAGGUCUGCCGACCGGAUCUUUGUGCAUCAACUUCGGCGAGAGCGCAAACAGGACCUCCGCUGCAGAGAGCAGCGGUGGAGAGCAGAGCCCCGACGAUGACAGCGACGGCAGGUGCGACAUGGUGCUCCUGUCAGACAGGGGCACGGGGGUGGCGGGUAAAGCAGAAGGAGGUAAGAAAUCCAAAGAGCAGAAAUUACUGAGGCUAAACAUCAACGCCAGAGAGAGACGGCGGAUGCACGACCUGAACGACGCGCUGGACGAGCUCAGAGCCGUCAUCCCUUACGCGCACAGCCCAUCCGUGCGCAAACUCUCCAAAAUCGCCACGCUGCUGCUCGCCAAAAACUUCAUUCUCAUGCAAGCGCAGGCUCUGGAUGAGAUGAGGAGGCUAGUGGCGUACCUGAACCAGGGCCAAGCCAUCUCCGCCGCCGCCAUACCCACCGCCACUGCGCUCGCAGCUCCGGGUCUGAGCGCGUACGAGCCGCCGACUGGAUAUCCCUUCCCCACCGGAGUGGCUGCGUCCGCCUGUCCGGACAAAUGUACCCUUUUCAACAACGCCACCUCCAGCCUGUGCAAACAGUGCACUGACAAGCCUUAACUGACGGGGAGAGAGAGCAGCAGGAAGGCAGGGAGGGAGGCAGGGAGGGAGAAGACUUUUGGAGAUUCUGGGUGAAGUCAGUAGGCUAGAGACAAAUACUUUUAUAUAAUAUGUACGAAACGCAUUGAAAAACAAAAAAUGCUUUUGUCCAAACAAUACUUGAUUGUGUACAUAGAUCAUCUCUGAAGUGCUGGUGUGAACGGCAGUGAAGACCGAACUGUAGGCCUGCUAAAAGUUCGAGUCAGCUGCUCAGUUAUGGACCUGUCGGAGACUUGGUGACCUGACGACUUGCGUAACUUUUUCAGUUAAAUCCUUGGACACUCUCCUGGAGACUCGGUCCAAACCUCACCUUCUGCUGCUUCCGGUAUAUUUUUCUUUAUCUUUUUUUUUUUUAAUUCCCUUUCCUUUGAUUUACCUCAGAGACAUGUUCGUGCCGUCUUGCUGACUGCUUUUCGAGGCCCAUUUUCAUGAACUUUGAGCACGUGGAAUGUCAUGAUCAACUAAGGCGAUGUUAAAUGAAGACAGAUCAGUGGUGUGAGGACUCACUUAUUUAUUAUGUGCUACAUCAGACACUAUCAAAGGUAUAUGUUGAGGAGUGGGGCACUGUAAACUAAUGAGAAUAAUAAUAAUAAUAAUUAGAAAACAUGAACUAAGGAUCAAGUGUUUUGCUCUGUUUCUUUGUAAUUUAUUAUUUUAAAUAUUUAUAUGCUGUGUUUUGCUUGUAUUGCACACCGUAGUUAGUCUUCAGUUGCUGUUUUUUUAAUGCAUUUUCCUCUCAUUCAGAGUGAGGUAAUUUGGGUUGCCAGGUCAGAUGUGGACUAUAGUGUAGAUACCUUAGUUAUUAUAUGAGCGACGAGGGCCAUUUGUAUGUGUAUCAGUGUUGAAAAGCUUUAUUAAAAUAUUUUGA